AUGGAUUAUGAUGUAAAUGACGGUAAUAAUUGGAAUAACGAUGGCACUUGGAAUAUUGCUAAUGAUAAUGCCAUCGAAGGUUUUUAUACUUGGCCUGACAAUUAUAAAACGACCGAGUCUUCUUCUUGGGACACUUCCGAUGAUAAAACUGUCGUAGCAUCACCAGUAUACAACUGGCCUAAUAAUAAUGAUUUUGAAGAUUUUUUUGAAAAUUCUCUUGAAAGAUUCAAAAAUGAUUUAUUCCGAGUCUUUACUGAUUUUUAUUAUGAAUGGCAAGGUCUUUCUAAUGAAAGAACCUCAACAUCACAAAAACAAAUUGUUAAUGGUAAUCUUAAAAAUAAUUAUAUUUUAUACUUGACUUAUUGUCCAUUAACUGAUUCCUAUGAACUUUUUUCAGUUAACGAAAUUGAUGGAGAACUUGUUAUCCAUGUUGAACUUCCUGGUUUUCGUAAAGAAAAUAUCAUUGUUGAUGUGUGUAGAGAUGAUACUCGUGGAGGCGACGUUCUAACAAUUAGGGACAAAGAUUGGGACACACAACCUCUUUACGGACGAUUUUUGGGAACUAUCGUCUUUCCGUACAAGAUUGAUGCUGGAAAAUCACAAUUAUUCCUUGAACAAGGUACCUUAGACCUUAAGAAAUUACUCGAUACUUCUCACAAUCCACCUUCUACCUACCAUCAACGUCAACUGACUGGUCACGAACAAAUAUUCACUCGUGAAGAUCCUGAAUUAAUUCAUCUAGAUGAGAAUUUUAAAAAUAUCAAAGGUGGUCAAAUUAAACAAGAAUCGAGGAAAGCAAAAGAUUCCGAGCUUGGAAAAUUAGGAAUAGAUACUAUUAAUAUGUCAGAUACUUUGAAUGAUGGUGAAGGUAUUAAAGAAUUAACUAAGAGAAAUUUAGGUGUUAAUCAGGAACAUUAUGCUGUUGAUACAAAACCGGACUAA